GAUCGAUAGUCGAUCAAAACUUACAAUAAAAAUGAUAUUCGGAAGGACAUAUACUUAAAAGCAAGUAUUAAAUAUAAUAGCCAAUAUUUACUGAAAGGAUCUUUUAAAUUGUAAAAUAAAAUAUGGCGUCGCGGAUGCCGACGAUGACGCCGAGGACGGGAACCCAGGCGACCAACAGAAGCCGAACUCGCUCUAAUUUACCAAACAACACCGAGGUUAAACCAAAGAUUGGUAACCUUGGCAGUGUCUCCGACCGGACGUCGACAUCGACUAGCACGGAUAUGACGCUAUCAGUAAGAGGUGACGUCACAGCACGCAGUGACGAUAUUGAAUUUCAACAACAGCAAAGACCGGAGCCGACAGACCUUCCAUUCUUCAAACAGGACCCCUUCUCCGACGUCGUGCUGCAGGUUGGUGGUAAGAAGCUGUUCACUUGCCGGGCCCUGCUGGCCUAUCACUCCCCCGUUAUGGCCAAGAUCCUGGGAUCCAGCUCCAAGAACCGUGACCUCGACCUUCCCGAGAAGGAAUUUGAGGACGUCGUAGAGCUGCUGGCAUUUAUUGACCCCAGAGUCGAUUACAUUAUUACAGAGCAGUCGGCAAUUGCCUUGUUACCGCUCGCGGAAGAAUACGAUAUCAGCAGUCUGAAGCUUCUGUGCGAGCAGACGAUAAUUCAAUCCUUCCGGAACAUGAAGAAGGGAAAGAAACCUGGCUCCCUGCCUGUGGAAAUCAGUCUAGAAUACCUGCAUUUGGCAGAUAAAUACGAUUUUCCGGGACUCCGCAAUCUUGUUACAGACGAGUUUGUAAACAACGAAGAUUCUAACGCCACUAAGAUGUUACUUGAGUCUAGCCUUAUUUCGGAGAAUGUAAAACUGACAGUUCUUGAUAAGAAGGUGGAGAAAGUCCACUUUGAACUAGACAAAGAGAGAAGGGAGCGAACGGCUAUCGAAACCAAGCUUGGGGACUACGGGAAUAGGAGGUUCAGGCGUCCUCUUCAGGACUAGAACUACAGUUAUGUUCAAUCAAACCCCGUUGGCUCGAACUCAAAGGGAAUGGCGAAAAUACCUCGAGCCUUGGGGAAAUUCUCAACUUCAUUAGAAAGAAAUCGAUCUUUUACAUAUAGUGCGACCCAAUGAGGAAAUCGAGCCAAGCGAUAUCGAGCUAACGGGCUUUGCCUGUGUCUGUGUAUUGUAUAUCAAAGAAGGUGCAGAAUUUAUGUUGAUAUGACAAUAUGCAUCCGUAUGUAACAGUAUUAUGUAAGCUCAUACCAAAUUGUUAUUAUGUUUAGUGUCAACCCCUAGUUCGAAAACCUAUCAAGCUAUCCUGAUAAAACAAGGGUCCCCCCCCCACAAAAAAAACAACAAAAACAUACAAUAACACAAAACAAACCAAAAAAAAACACAAUAUAAACAAAACAACAACAAACAAAAAUACGAGUGACAUCCUAUGUAGAAUAUAGACACCAGAACUUUCUUAGUCCAUUCUAGACCAUUUUCAAUUGUUAGAUAGAUUUCCACUGAAAAAUGAGUUCAAAUAAAACGUAUUUAAGUGUGUUGAUCAUGGGAAUCACACAUAAUGCAUCAUAUUCUGACAUCGAAAGCCGAGAUUACAAGUAUAAAGUAUGAAGCGUGUUGUUUACACUUGCGUCCUUUAGUCGGAACUAUGGUAAAAAUACGCAGAACAUAAAAACGAUUUGGUAUGCCCUUAGCCAUUUCAAUGCAAUGCAUAACAUUUGUAUUGAUUUCCUCAUCACUAUUAAGAUGAAUAUCAUUCUUAAUAUCCACAUUCAAAUGGAAUAAAAACAAACUUUGUUCUGAUUUCGCACCAUUCAUUUGUGCAUAGAAAACACUCAUUCGGAACUCCUCGGCCAUUUUUUAUCGAAAACAACCUCAGAUGUUUUUGGACGGUUUACAUGCUCAAAAAGCGGUACGUUUAAGUCCGCUGCAAGUAGAUCGCGUAGUAAUCUUAUUUACCAGUUAAACUUUAUGACUAAACUCUUGGGAAUCUUAAAUAUAUUUGCAAUAUUACACUUCACUGGCAACCAAUUAAACCUAAAUAAAUAAAUACAACUAUAAAACACUACAUUUUGUAAUGAUAAUAUUCAAAAUUUUACAAACUACUUCUACUUCCGAGGUUGUUUUCGAUAAAAAUGGCCGAGGAGCUCCGAAUGAUAAAACACUAGGAGCAGCAGUUACUUCCCAUUGCUGCUCGCCAAGGGAGAUCACUGCGUAGGUGAUUAUACAAACAAAUGUACACACGUCUGGGACCACACUCAAUGACGUCUUGAGUCUGAAUUUGAGACUCAGGCUCAAAAUGCGAUUUUUUAAAUGUCAUAAGUCGUUUAUUAUUGUCUUGUUCUAGACAUAAAAUGAGUAAAUAAUAAUUGUUUUAUAUUGUAUUUGUGACACAUAUGGUCAGCUGUAUCAGUAUUGUGCUUUAAAGAAAGAUUAUAGAAUAAAAUGUAGAUUGGC